AUGACUGUUGUAGUGAAAAUAGGAGUCAGUCCGGAGGGUAACCCGCAUGAACAUUAUAAUCUUGGAAUCAGCUAUCAAGAAAGAAUUGAAACGAAAAAGGAUGAGUGUGAAGCAUGUGAGUGGAGUAUGAAGUGUGCCGAAAGAGAAAGAUCGACAACGGAAAAUAAUGGUGAAGUAAAGACGGAAAGACGGUUUGAAAGAGUAAUGAAACGAAUCGAAGAUGAUGAAAAUAAAGACGUUAAGAACGAUGAACAAAGUGAUGCGGCCGCGACGCAAAAUAUGGACGAAGAUGAAAAAGGAGUCGAAAAAGGUAAAGAAAUAAGAGAGGUUGUCAGUAUAGGUGGUAAGGAAGUACAACACGUGAACAAUAAAGAAUUUGGAGACUUACCCGAAUCAAAUAGUAAAAGGCUCAUAUUCAUUGUUCGAAGGCUUUUCC